AUCACUCUUGGGACACUAGGCCAACCAGACCUCCUGGAGUUUACCUGGCCUCUCUUGGCUGUCAUCCAGGUUUGUCUACUUCCCAGCUUCUCCUCCAGUCCAGGAUUAUGUUUAUCUGUGGCCAUGCUCCUACUAGCUCCUCGCCUCCUGCCCCUCCUGCCCCUCCUGCUGGUGAUAGGCACAGGGGGCUCUGUGCCCAGCCCCCAGACGCUGCCCCAGGGCUGCUACAUAGCAGAAGAAGCCGGGGAACAGACAUUCCGCUGCAGCAGGGCUGGUCUGAGUGCGGUGCCCAACGGUAUCCCCAACGACACCCGAAAGCUUUACCUGGAUGCCAACCAGCUGGCGUCAGUGCCAGCUGGAGCCUUCCAGCACCUGCCUGCCCUGGAGGAAUUAGACCUGUCUCAUAAUGCUCUUGUUCAUCUCUCAGGGGCUGCUUUCCAGGGCCUGGAGGCCACUCUGCGCCACCUCGACCUCUCUGCCAACCAGCUAGCAUCUGUGCCUGUGGCAGCCUUCGUGGGGCUGCAGAUCCAAGUGAACCUGUCCGCCAACCCAUGGCGCUGCGACUGUGCCCUACAGGAAGUGCUCAGGCACGUGAGGUUGGCCCCAGGCUCUGGGACAGGCAUUGUGUGUGGUCCAGAAGCCCGACCAGAUCUCGUGGGACACGAGUUCCUUCUGCUCACCAGGGAGGAAGAGCUGUGUGGGACAGGACGAGGUGGGACCCGAAGGAGCACGGAUGUGGCCCUGUUAGUCACCAUGGGGGGCUGGCUGACACUGGUAGUGGCUUAUCUGAUCCGCUACGUGUGGCAGAACCGGGAUGAGACGCGGCGCCCGGUCAAGCGGGCUCCUCCCGUGCAGCCUGUGCGUUCAGAGGACUCCUCCACGCUCAGCACAGUGCUCUGA